AUGGCCAAGAAGGGCCAGGGGAAGCCGGGUGCCGGUCGGCCAUCCUCUGCAGUGCCGGGGGUCAAGAAGGCAAUCUCCAAGAACACUCAUGCUGCUAAGAAGACGAAGAAGGCACCUGCUGUGCACGCAGACCCUCAGCAGCAGGCGCCCAUCACUAAGGACAAGAGGAAGUCGUUCAAGCGAGCUGCUCUGCACAAGAAGAAAAACAAGAAGCAGAGGAAGGAGGGGGCGCAGCCUGGGGUAGAGCCUGCAGCGACCGCCGCGCUGCCGCCACCGUCACCGGCGGCAGCAGGCAGGCAGCGGGCGGCAGUCAGCAAGAAGCGCAAGCAAGAGCAGCCAGCAGCAGCAGAGCCGGCAUCGGCACCGCCCAGAGCUGGCAAGAAGUCGGCGGCGUUCAAGGCAGGAGGAGUCAAGAAGGUGAAGAAGGCAGCAAAGAAAACUGACCAGGCACCCGCCUCGGCAGCAGAAGCAGCAAGGCAGGCGGCAGCGGCUGCGCUGGCGGGGCUGGGCCCCGCCGCUCCCACCGCCCAGGCCAAGCCACGGCCUCGGCUGGGGGUGCGGGUGGGGCAGAAGAGCAAGGUCAAGGUGCAGCCAGCGGUGCAGCAGAAGCAGCGAGAGCAGCAGCAGGACGAGAAGAAGAAAAAGAAGAAGAAGAAGAAGCAGGGUGCGCUGCAGGUGUGCCAGGCACAGCAACCGGCAGCAGACCAGCUGCCAGCAGGCGAGCAGCGGGUGAAGACAAAGAAGCGGAAGCUGCAGCCGCCGGCAGCAGCAGCAGCAGCAGCAGCAGCAGAGGCAGCCCCCAGCGCAGCAGCAGCAGCAGCGGCGGCAGCGACCCAGCAGCAGGACCGCCCCAAGCGUCCCAAGAAAGUGCUGGUGGUGAAGCGGGCGGCAGGGAGCAGCCCAGGGGCGCGCACGCGGGCAGCAGCAGCAGCGGCAGCGGGAGCAGCUGGCAAGCCUGCCGUGGCGGCAGCUGCCACGCCUGAUGAGCAGCUCAAGCCGGCCAAGCGGCGCAAGCUGGCUGCAGGCACCCCUGGCGCCUCCAAGCGGCCGGCAGAACAGCUUGAGGCGGGACGGGUGCUGUACUGUUUCGAUACCAACGUGAUGCUGCAACCCAGAGAGGGCGGGGUGGCGGAGGCGUGGGCGGCCAUCGAGGCCGGCGGCGGCGGCGUGGUACAGGCGGUGGUAGCGCUCAAGGUCCUGCAAGAGGUGCGGUCAGCCAAGGUGCUGAAGAAGGCGGGCGCUGCGGGGGGCUACCAGCUGCUGAAGAGCAUGAUGGGUAACCACCGGUGCUGCCGCGUGCAGAGGGAGGACGAGCAGUACCGCCCGCACCCGCUGAAGGUUGGCGCCCAGAAGGGGGACGACUCCAUCCUGGAUGCGCUGCUCUACUUUGCCUCGCUGGGGGCGCAGGUGGUGCUGGUGACUCAGGACAGAGCCUUCACCCAGAGAGCUCUGGAGCACGACAUACCCAGCCUGCACCCCCAGCAGCUGCCCCGCGUGCUGCAGGCCUCCCUGUCCGGGCCCGGCGCGGCGGCCGGCGGCGCCAGCGGCGGACCCUCAGCCGCCGCCGCGCGGCCCGACGCGGCGGCGGGCGCGGGCCCCGAAGCCUCUGCCUCCGCCCCCGCGCCCUGGUCUGCGCUGCUCAGCCGCGAGCUGGCCCUGCUGCUGAUGACCCCCGGCUACCAGCGGGCCGUGCUGGGCACCUGCCUCCCGCCCCUCAGCCGAGACGUGUUUGCCGCGCUGGCCGGGCGCCUGCAGCAGCCGCUGGAGCGGGUGCUGCUGGCGGCCACCCAGCUGCUGGCGGGCGCACUCAUGGCCCCCGCGGCAGCAGCCUAUGGCUACGGCAUGGCUGCCGGCGCGCCGCAUGCCGGCACGGCGGCAGCGCAGCGGCCCGCCUACGCGCCACCGCCGCAGGCCCAGUUUGGCAUGCCGGCGGCGUGGCCGUCUGGCGCGGGCGCCGGCGCCGGCGCCGGCAUCGGCGGCAGCCCGUACCAGCAGCAGCAGGCCGCGGCGAUGGCAGGUUGGCGGUGGCCGGCGAUGCCAGCUGGCAGCCCUCUCCACCCGCAGCCGAUACAGCUGGUCGCGCCGGCGCGGCCGCCCAGCUCCUGGCAGUUCCCGCCUGGGCCCACGCUGCCGCCGCCGGGUGCACCCCAGGCGCAGGCAUCAGCAGGCACCGGCAUUUCGGCGGGGGCGCCGCCGCCUGCGCCGCCUUCUUCGCCUCCCUGGGGUGGCUUCUUUUGGGAGCGGCAGCCGGCGCCGGCCCACGUGCAGCAGCAGCAGCAGCAGCCCGAGCCGCCGCCCAACCUGCCGCCUCAGCAGCAGCAGCAGCAGCAGCAGCAGCCCGAGCCGCCGACCAACCCGCCGCCUCAGCAGCAGCAGCAGCAGCAGCAGCCCGAGCCGCCGCCCAAUCCGCCGCCUCAGCAGCAGGUGCAGCAGGAGGAGCAGCAGGAUGGGCAGGAAGGGCGCAGGCGCUCUGGGCGGGCAGGCAGCAGCCCACCUGGUAACGCAGCGCCGGCACUAGAAGCAGCAACAGAGGCAGACGAGAUGCAGCCAGCGACUGAAGCAGCGGAAAGUAUGCAUGUCGAGGCGAAUGCUCAGGCUGAGGCCGAGUCUGAGGAGGAGGAGGAGGAGGAGGAGGAGGGGGAUGAGGAGCAGGAGCGGCUGCUGUCGCUGGUGCGCCCGCUGGUGCUGGGUGCGAUGUGCGCGCUGCCGGGGCGCCGCGGCACGCUGCGGCAGGUGCAGGCGGCGAUCCUGGGCGGCCCCCACCUGCGCGGCUGGCUGAGCUGCAAGCUGUGGCGCGCAGCGGCGAGGACGCUGCUGCGCCGCCCGUCUGUGGCGCGCAGGGACGGCUCCGUACCGCAGGGCGGGCAGGCGGGCGAGGCUGUGUACCGCCUGGCGCCCUUUGCCCUGCACCUCGACUGGUAG